GUAGGUUGUGUCCAAUCACAGGCGAGGGAAUCCCCUUGGUAAAAUGGCGGUCUCGUUGAGUGAGUCUUUUUCUAGUUACGACGGAGAAGAAGACGCGAUUAUUCGCAUUCAGGCCUUCCUCAGGGGAACAUUGACCAGGAAAUCUCUGCAAGAAGUUCAGAAAGAGUACGAGUCCAUUGUAGCAGAGGUGGAGGAUGAUGAUAACAGAACUCACGUAGACUGGAAAUGUCAUCAUCUUUGUCUACCUCUGGUUCACAGAGAGGGAAAAGGGCGAUGUGUGAGACCUCCCACGCUGACCAGAUUGUCUCAUGAUAAUACGAAUAAUAUGGAAUCACAUUUGCUCGUGAAAACUCCAGAAAAAACUGCUCAAGCAAGAUGCUCUCAAGGUCAAAAUGUUGACCCUUCUGGUGGAAGAAAUGGCACAGGUGAAACUGAAAACUUCCAUGUGAAGAGUGACAAGAAAGAUAGGGAAUGUUUUAGAGAAGACAAUAGGUCGCAAUUGUCAAAGCUUGGAAUUCAAGUUGAAAGUGAAUCAUCUCCCAAUACAUUGACCUUACAUGGAAAUUCUGAAGGUAGCUAUCACAGUCCAGACGAUAUACCAGAACACCCAUUUGAAGAUGACACUGUCUCUGGAGGUGAAAGUCAAGGUCAUCUAGAGCCUCUUGUCUGCGACAUACUGGCCUCUCCUUCAGCUGACAGUGAAGACAGCGACACAGACCCUGCACUGCAGAACAGAUCAUUACACAGGAGUAAUCCAGGUAAUCCAGGGAACAAUGAGGCAUUUCCUCAGGACACAGAUAUCAGUGUGACAGUCCCACCCAACACUGGGCAGGAAGCAUACACUACAGGAGAAAAUGACAUGGACGUGUCAGACGCCGAAAAACAUGAAACAGAAAAUUGCAGAGAAAUUGGAGCAAAAGUCUCCAAAGAUUUAGGGAAUACUUCGAAUGGGUCUCCCUUCAAAAAAGAUAAAAUCCAUGCUGCCAAAGGACAAACAAAAUUAAAGGAUCAGGAACUAUCAGGAACAAAAUUGUCACCAACAUUUCAAACAAAUGGCGCAGUCAUUCCCCCUGCCUCUCCGUUCCCUGUGAGAGAGGAGACAGCUGACCAAUCAAGACAAGCCUAUCAACUGAACAGCCAAUCACCUUCUGGUUUACAUCCAGGGAGGAGGUCCAAGGGCCCCCAUGACAGCAGUGUGGUCAGUGAGAUGACCUCAGUGUGGGACACUAUGCUCUCCAUGGAAGAAGCAGCAUUAGUCAGUACAGAGUAUCCUAGAGAUGUGAAGUCGUUACAAGAACUGAGGAGUAACGUCGCCAUGGAACUGCUGUGGGUGCAGCAGGCAAUAGAGAGCAGGAAAAAUUAUCUGAGACUGAAGACAAAGAUGCAGGACCAGAGCAGCUGAUGUCAGAUGUCAGGGGUCAUGUUUGGAGCUGCAGAGUUGCAGUGUUUCUGUGUUUACAGAAAAAAAAAAGCAUGUCGUGUUCAAAGCAAGCAGUCGGCUUGUUGCUGAAUUGUGAAUUCAAAGGUUAAAAACUCUAAUUUUCUGCUUUAGACAUGUAAAUCAAAUAUUCCAGACCACAAAC